GAUGACUCAGGGCGGAGCUCCGCAUCCAGCCCUCGCCGCCGCCAACUUCUCUGGAUGGGACCAGAAGUUUCUAGCCGGCCAGUUGCUACCUCCCUUUAUCUCCUCCUUCCCCUUUGGCAGCGUGGAGGCUAUUUCCAGACACUUCCAGCCCUCUCCGGCCACGUCACCCCCUCCUUUAAUUCAUAAAGGUGCCCAGCGCCGGCUUCCCGGACACGUCGGCAGCCCUCACGACUCUAGCUCCGGCCUCGGCCAGCGAGCCACUCUGCGCCUGGAAGUCCGGCACCCCGCGACCCUGUGACCCGGCACCCCGGCGGCUGCCCCUCCGGGCCGACCCCGACCCAGCAUGAGCGCUGCCACCCACUCGCCGAUGGUUCAGAUGGCGUCCGGCAACGGCGCCGGCGACCGCGACCCCCUGCCCCCCGGCUGGGAAAUCAAGAUCGAUCCGCAAACCGGCUGGCCCUUCUUCGUGGACCACAACAGCCGCACCACGACGUGGAACGACCCGCGCGUGCCCCCCGAGGGCCCCAAGGAAACCACAUCUUCUGCGAACGGGCCUUCGCGGGAGGGCUCCAGGGCACUCCCCACUAGGGAAGGCCAUGCCGUGUACCCCCAGCUCCGGCCAGGCUACAUUCCCAUCCCCGUCCUCCACGAAGGCGCUGAGACCCGGCAGCUGCGCCCCUUCUUUGCCCACCCCCAGCCGGGGGUGCAGCGCUUCCAAGCUGAGGCGGCCCCCACCGCUCCACAGACAUCCCAGACACCUCUGCGGGGUGUGGUGGAAGCCACCCAGCCAGAUAAGCAGUGCGGACAGGCAGUGGCAGCUGCGGGAGCCCAGCCCCCAGCCUCCCAGGGACCUGAGCGGUCCCAAUCUCCAGCUGCCUCAGACUGCUCGUCCUCAUCCUCCUCAGCCAGCCUGCCUUCCUCCUCAGGCAGGAGCAGCCUGGGCAGUCACCAACUCCCCCGGGGCUACAUCUCCAUCCCUGUGAUACAUGAGCAGAAUGUCACCCGGCCGGCAGCCCAGCCCUCCUUCCACCAAGCCCAGAAGACCCACUACCCAGCUCAGCAGGGUGAAUACCAGACCCACCAGCCUGUGUACCACAAGAUCCAGGGGGAUGACUGGGAGCCCCGGACCACGUGGGCCGCAUCCCCGUUCCGGUCACCAGUCCGGGGCACGUCCAGCCGGGAGGGCUCUCCGGCCAGAAGCAGCCCGCCGGUGCACUCCCCACCGUCCCUCCGCAUGCACACCAUGGUCGACAGGCCUCAGCAGCCCAUGACCCAUCGAGAACCUUCGCCUGUCCCCCAACCUGAAAACAAACCAGAAAGCAAGCCAGGCCCAGCUGGACCAGAUCUCCUUCCUGGACACAUCCCGAUUCAGGUGAUCCGCAAGGAGGCAGAUUCCCAGCCUGUUGCGCAGAAGCCCCAGCCUCCCUCUGAGAAGGUGGAAAUAAAAGUUUCCUCUGCUCCAGCGCCUUCUCCUCCCAGCCCCGCCCCUCCUGCUGUCCCCUCUUCCCCCAAAAAUGUGGCUGCGGAAGAGAGAGCAGCCCCCAGCCCUGCCCCUGCAGAAGCCACACCCCCAAAACCAGGAGAAGCUGAAGUUCCCCCAAAACAUCCAGGUGUGCUGAAAGUGGAAGCUAUCUUGGAGAAGGUGCAAGGGCUGGAGCAGGCUGUGGACAACUUUGAAGGCAAGAAGACAGACAAAAAGUACCUGAUGAUAGAAGAGUAUUUGACCAAAGAGCUACUGGCCCUGGAUUCGGUAGACCCUGAGGGACGAGCUGAUGUCCGCCAGGCCAGGAGAGACGGCGUCAGGAAGGUUCAGACCAUUCUAGAAAAACUUGAACAGAAAGCAAUCGAUGUCCCAGGUCAAGUCCAGGUUUAUGAACUCCAGCCCAGCUCUCUUGAAACCGAUCAGCCACUGCAGGAAAUCAUGGAGAUGGCAGCAGACAAGAGCAAGAAAAGUACGGGAAAUGAAGAGGAUCUCAAAACUGAAACCCAGCAGCCAGAAGCCAAGGAAGCAGCAGCUCCAAACCCCAGCAGCACGACAGAUGCAGCUGCUAACCCAGCAGCACCGUAGUCUCCACUAAAUAAAAAUCAGACCUGGAGGCUGGGAACUGAUUGUGUGCGUUAGGGAAUUUUAAGUUGCAUGCAUUUCAGGGACUUAAAAUCAGUUGGUUUUUACUCUUCAUAGCCGCUUGAUACGCAGUAACCUGGGUGGAGGCAAAACACACUAAUGAAAGGGCUAAAAGGAAAACGAUGCUUUUCUUCUGUAUUAUUCUGUACAAAUAAGUUGCUUGUUACAGAAGUUUAACCCCAUCGCUUAUUGUUUUUGGGCCCUUUCUGUAUGGGCCCCGGAUGUCAGCCAUGGCUGUGAACUGUCUUCCUAUAGUUUUGGACCGAAGGAGUACUGGGGCGGGGGGGCAGUUAGGCAGGGAGUCAGUUUCCCAUCACUAAGUAUGAAACCCAUUUUUCAGAAAUGUUGCCAUUUUAAUGGGAUGACCUUCAUCAUCUCAUAGCUAAAAUACUUUAGAUGACAUAAAAUGUGUAUGGAGCCAUAGGAAUAUAUCUGUAUGUUGGAUGACUUUAAUGCUACUUUAAAAAAAAGGAAAUAAAGUAAUAACGUAACUCUGAA